GAACGUGUUCUUCAUCGUCUACGUCUAAACCCUAGCCACCAGUUGUUCUUUGAAUUCACAGAGCGACAGAGAGAGAUGGGAAGGUCUCGAAGAAAGUACAAGAGAUCUCGGGCAAAAGUGCAGGUCGGCUUGCCCAAAAGGAACCCCAAUGUCUUCAAGCCAUCUUUCUGUAUGCCGCCGAAGCUCCGCUCCUUGCUUGCCGAACAAUUUGAAGAAGAUCCCGCGUGGGACGAGAAAGCCAGUGUCAUUCACAACUACAAGUCCUUCGGUGUUCUUUCUAAUCCUAAUUUGCUCAGUGUUCGUUCCCGAACGGAUCACAUCGUUGAGAGCGACUUUCUCCAGGUCCCGCCGUCAUUGCCGCCUUCCGAUGACCCUGAUUCGGUGCUUGAUUCUUCCGGUAGCGAUGUGGAAGAGGACGAUUUGAAAACAGCCCUGGGAAAGAAGCGCAGAGAUGGGAAAUCUGCACCUCUAAAACCUUUGACGACGAUUCAGCGUGUUCAUGUCGGUAGGCUAAUCGAGAAGUAUGGAGAUGAUCAUGAGAGGAUGUUCAUGGACACAAAGCUGAACUCAAUGCAGCAUUCUGUUGCCACUCUGGAGAAACUAUGCAAAAGAUACCACAGUUGUUUAGAUAAGAAUCCAUUGAUAUUGACUCGUUAAAGAUCUUUCAAAUUGUUCUGUUACAGAGGUGAAAUCAGAUAAGGUAUGAUCAUGAAAUCUUAUUGAGCAAUAUUGUUUUGAACCCUAAUCUAUGAGAGGCUUGAAAGAUGGUUCAUUCC